AUGCUAGUACUUUUUGAGACUGCAGCAGGUUAUGCUUUAUUUCAAGUAUUAAAUGAAGGAAAAUUAGAAACUCCAGAAGAACUUUGGCAAGCAUUCGAAACUCCAGAAAAUGCAGCAAAUAC